CGGUCGCUGAAAAAAAAGUAUAUACAACAAAAGAGUUUUACACUAGUGUAUGAAAAAAACAAAAAUACAAACUGUGCAGAUCUAAUUGAAAUGUUAGCGGCGUAGCCAACGAAUGUUUGUGCGUUAUUAAUAUUUUUAUAUUUUUUAUGGCCAUGUGCAAGUGCAUGCAAAUGCGGUUAAUAAGUCUCGUCUGUUUGCGGUGCGACAAAUGAAAUUGCCAAUAGCGGCAACUAAAAAUAAUUCUCCAAUCAGAAACGCAAAGCCAACGAAAUAUAUAUAAUAAAUUGUGACGCAGCUGCAAAGCGCGCUCUGUGACUGUGUGUGUGUGUGCGUGUAUAUUUAUGGAAUAUGCAGUAAUAACUACAAUACAACAUAGUACAAGCAGCAGUUUAUAAUUAAAGCCUGAUUAUGGAGCUGAGCAACUUUUCGAGCAACAAGAAAAUGUCACGCGAGGAGCGUCGCUACUCGGUGCCACAUGGUCCAAAUACGCCGCUACCGCCGGCGGCUUCUGAAGAUCUACACGCCUGGUCCAUUUACAGGCAAAAUCUAAACUCUGACUUUACCGAUUCGGCGCUGGGCUCGUCAGAUAAAUCACCGCUGCCAUAUGGAAAUUUCCAGCUACGCGAUACCACAGUGCAAUCAAUCUUAAAUCAUCCGCGCUACGGGCCCAAAUCUCCGCUGGGUUCCAAUAUGUAUACAUAUUUAAAGUUCGGCUUGCCGCGCGUAUUUCCACCCAAUGCCGGCUCACAGCGCUCGCAUCGGCCUGGUCCAGGGCCCGGUGGCUCGAGUGCCUUGGGCGGCGUGCGUGGCCGCAUGAAUCGCGGCUUUCGGGAUAGCUCCUUGGCACCAGCGGGAGCCGGUUCCAGUGGCUACGACAGCAGCGAUAAUGAGACCACACGCAGUCGCUUGCCCGCAAAUUUACGCAAAUAUCGCAGCGAAUCGGACUUCCGUGCCAUCAGCGGCAUGGGCAUGGCCAUGACGCACUCGCGUCCAGAGUCGCGUGCUCAAGUGUCGGGUGUGCCGGCGGCGGCGCUGCGUCAGGCGCACAGUCGCGCCAGCAUUGCAGUGGGACAGCAGCUGCAUCAGCAUCACCAGCUACAGCAACACCAGCAGCAGCACCAGCAAUACAUGAGCAAUGGCAAGCACUAUGGACAUCGUUCGCAUAGCGAGGCGGAUUUGCUGGGUGCUGGCAUGGGAGGCGGCGGGGGCGAUGUGGCCGGCUUGGGCUAUGACUACGGCGAGUCGCGCAUUUACGGCAGCACGCGCCAUGCGCAGCCGUAUGGACGCAAGCAGUCGAGCAUGGGUCUGAUCUACCCCAACAUACAGGUGCACUGCCUGGAUGUGAGUCCUUGCCUGCACGGCGUCUCGCUGCAGGCCAAGGCGGGCGAUCUGUUUGCCAUUAUGGCAACGUCGCAGCGCGAGGGCAGUGCCUUGGCGGAAUGUCUGGCCGGACUGCGCGAGCGCUUGGGCGGCGAAAUUCUGAUCAAUGGCCAGCAGGUGCAUCGCCGUGGACUGCGAGAGUUGUGCAGCUAUGUGCCGGCGCUGGAGGUAUCCUCGCUGGAUCCGCGCAUGAGCGUGCAAUGCACUUUGAACUUUCAUGCCGCGCUGCGUGGUCCGCUGGAUCGCAGUGAUUUGAAGGAGCGCAUGGAUGUGCUCAUUGAGGACUUGGGGCUGAAUACGGUGCGUGCCUCGAACGUGUCCACAUUGACGCAUUCGGAGAAGCAACGCUUGAGCGUGGCCUGUCAGCUGCUGGCGCAGUCAUCGGUGCUCAUUCUGGACCAGGUGACCAGCAACAUGGACAUCUUUGAUACCUUCUUUCUGGUGGAGUACUUGCGGCAGUGGUGCAGUGGUGGUCGCAUUGUCAUCAUGACGCUGCAGCCGCCCACCUUUGAAAUACUGUCCAUGUGUUCCGGCGUGCUGCUGCUCUCCGGCGGACGCACUGUCUUCUCUGGCAGUCGCGCGGAUUUGCCACGACAUAUGGGCGAGCUGGGCUACCCAUGUCCGCCCUUCAAAAAUCCUGCGGACUAUUACUUGGAUCUGGUUACGCUGGACGAUCUGUCCGCUGCUGCGAUGCUGGAGUCUUCGGCGCGCAUUGAAUCGUUGGCGAAUGCUUGGGAUCAAAUAAAUGCGGAGCCACCGCUGGCUGCACCGCCUGCUUCCUUACCCAACUUUACGCUCAAGGCGGGCUUCUUCGGCCAGUACAGGGCGCUCAUCAAACGCUUUGCCGGCUACAAGCAGCCUGGCUCGCUUCUCACCUGGAUUAGCAAGCUCAUAGCCGCCGCUGUGCUGUCGCUUUGCAUUGGCUGCAUCUUCUGGGAUGUGCCCGCCUCGGAUCCGCAGCUAACGUACAACGAUCGCUUGGGCUAUCAUCACUGCGUCAUGGUGCUGGCCUACUGGCCACUGGUCAUGCUGACCAUACGCGAUACCCAAGAGGAUCGUCGCCAUGCGGAGCGCGACAUACGCUUGGGCCUCUACUCUCGCAGUCUCUACAUCAUAGUGCAGUGUCUGCUGGGACUGUUUCCCAGUCUGUGCAUCUGGCUGGCCUAUCUGCUGCCAGCGCACAGCAUGGCCGGACUGUAUACCUACUCCAACAGCAGCGAUACGGGCAUCUAUCUCUACAUGGGUUACAUGCUGCUCUAUCUGACGCUGGUGCAAACGCUGGCGCUCUUCUGUGCGCAUCUGCUGCCCUGCAAGGUGUCCGCCAGUCUGUUGAACAGCCUAAUCAGCCUGGCAUUGGCCUCUGUGGGCGGCUAUCUGGUGCAUCCACGCAACUUGAGCAAGUUCUGGCAUUGGCUGCAACUUGCCUCGCCGCAGCGUUGGCUGCUGCCCGUGCUGGUGCAGGAUGAAUACAGCGCAGAGACAUUGGCCAACUCCGCCGGACUGCAGCUGUGCCGCAACAAACAGGUGCAGCAUCAAGAGAUUAUUGUGCAACAGCCCUGUCCACCGCCGAACGGCACGCAAGUGUUGCACGACUAUCAGUUGCUGCCGCAGCAGCAUGUGCUGGAUGCUACGUUGAGCUACGAUCAGACCAGCUCUAUGGCACUGGUCCUGGCCUCUGUGCUUAUAUUCUGCCUGACUUUUCUGGUCUUUGUGUGCAAUUGUCGCGGCGCCUGCCGCAAGCGACGCAGCCGACGCUACUAGACGACGCUGCACGGCAAUGGGACGCAGCAACAUUGUACAUUAGCUAGCAACUAAAUUUGAUUAAAUAAAAUA